GACGACGUCGACUGUGCCUUUUACAUGAAAUGCGGCAGCUGCAAUUUUGGCAGCACGUGCAAGUUCAACCAUCCAGAGCUGCCGCACAUGGCCCCCCACGUUGGCCCACCACGCUUCACCUCUCUGCACCGAGCUGACUGUCAUCCUGAGCAGCGGGAUCUAACAGACGCGUGGCUGCUACCGGCAGGUCCCCGCAUGCACCCCUUCUCGCCACACCCCUUCCCUGAACGGCCCGGCCAGCCCGAAUGUGCGUUCUACAUGAAAACAGGCCAGUGCAAGUUUGGAGCAUACUGCAAGCCAGUGCAAAUUCGGAGCAGACUGCAAGCCAGUGCAAAUUCGGAGCAGGCUGCAAGUUCCAUCAUCCCCGCAUGCGCCUCUCCUCCCCCUCACCUUCCCCUCCCCUUCCCCUCCCCUCCCCCUCACCUUCCCCUCCCCUUCCCCUCCUCUUCCCCUCCCCCUUCCCCACCCCAUCAGUUCUACAUGAAAACAGGCCAGUGCAAGUUUGGAGCAGACUGCAAGUUCCAUCAUCCCCGUAUGCGCCUCCCCUCCCCCUCCGCUGCUGCUGCAAGCGGGGCAGGGGGGACAGGUCAAGGCGCAGGGGGAGGGGGGGGGAUUGGAGGGGGGGGCAUGGGGGGAGAAGGCGGGGGGACUGACGGGCACGUGUGUCGCUACAGAGCCACAUGCAAGUUUGACCACCCACCGCCAGCAGAGGCAGCUGCACGCAUGUUUUGA